AUGCACGGAGAAGUGCUGCACCACCUCGUGCGCCGUGGCUACGAAGCCAUGAGCGACAGCGAGUCUCGCCAAACAAUCGUAGCUGAAGUCAGCGCUGUCGAGAUGCUUCCUAUCAUCCUCACUGGUGCUCUUUUCGCCUUCAUCUUGGCUUCGGUCAGAUACACCCUUGGAGGUGUCGUGGCCAGCCUGGCCAUGAUCGAAGAACGCCAGACCACUGUCGUCGAGACACGUACCCUCGCUAUCGAUGAAAAGGAGGAUCCCGAUGCUCCUUUGGACAAGGCUCGCUUGAUCGAUGAGGAGGUUAUGGUCAUCAACCAGACUCCCCUGACAUCUAGCAUCCGCAAGACUGUCCAACACCUGACUUCAAUCGGUGGUUUCAGAGCCCGCUGGAGAGGUCUCGGCUGUGCUCUCAUCUACAACCUCGUCCACUCUUUGACCGUCAGCUUCAUCUCCAUGGCCAUUGCUGCCUUCACCGGCCUUCCCGUUGUAGGACGCGUCUUCGCCAACAUCGCUGCCAACGUCCUCUGCGCUCGCAUCCACAUGGUCUGGACCCACACCGUCGUGUCUGAGCCGUCAUCCAUGACCUGGUCCCAGCGCCUCUCCCAAACUGACAGGAAGACCUGGCGCGUUCUUGCCCUCCCUGCCUUCGUUCACUCGAUCGCCGAGCUCGCCACCUACGGUCUGCCUGUUGCCAUGUUCCUCUUCGUCGGACCCGAGAUCACUGGUGACAUGGACAACGAGCACUUGCUCGCCAGAGGCGCCAUGUCUCUUCUUGCCUUCAUCAUGCUGAACGUCUUGAUCUUGCUCCCCGCCACCGUGACCCGUACUCGUGUCGAGGCCAGCUUCUUGCCCGAGGAGGACAAGACUAUUGUUCCCUUCGACCGUACCUUCAACGGUGCCAUCAACAUGCUUUCCCUCGACACUCGUGCUGGCCGCAAGAGCCUGUUCAUCGAGGCUUGGCGCUCGUUCGAUAUGGCCAGCAGAAUCCGUCUGGUCAAGUUCUUCGUCAAGGAAGCCGCCAUUGAGCUCUUCUUCUCUGUUACUGCCACUAUCGCCAUCGGCGCCCAGGUUGUUGCUUUGGGUAUGUCCAAGGACAACGUCGUUGUUGCCAUGGAUGGCAUGUAA